UCUAAUUGAAACCCUAGCCUUUUUCUCACAGAGAGAAAUUGAAAGCGUAGAGAUGGAGUUUGACGACGACGACUUUGACCUCCCGCCGAACUCGGAAGAGGCUUCCCCUCCUCCUCCGGUCCGUGGAAGGAAGCUGAAGCGCUUGAAGAAAGGGGUUAGGGUUUCUCCAGAUCCAGUCCUCGAUCCCCCAGAGAGCGGCGGAGAAUUCCAAGGCCGCGAUUGGGAGGAAUCGAGCGUGCAAUUGAAGUCUGGGAUUGGAUCUGAGGGUUUCGGCGAUGAAGAUGAGAUGGAUAUUCCUGGUCUUGAUUUUGACGGUGAAGGUGAGAAGGGAUCUGGUUUGGAAAUGGAUUCUGGUGUUGAUGGUUCGUGUGGCGGAGGAGAUGCCUCCGGAGCUAAGAGGGCCUUGGAUUUUGAGUCGGCGGGUGAGGAGCUCGGUGAAAAAGGCGAAGAGAUGGUAGAAGAAAGUAAGGAAAUGAGGGACGAGCCGGAGAAGAAGAGGCGGAGCUCCGAUGGCGGUGAGGAGGAGGAGGAGAAGAAGAGCAAGAGAGCUAAGAGUGUUGGUGAUGGUACGAAAUCUAAAGAUGCUAUUCCGAAGAGCAAAAGGAGGGUUGAGAAGGAAAGACAGGAGCAUUUGAAGGAGCUUCAUGCCGAAACUCAGAGGCUUUUACGAGAAACAAGAGAGGCAGCGUUUAAACCUGUGCCGAUUGUUCAGAAGCCCAUCUCGUCUAUUCUGGAGAAGAUUCGGCGAAGAAAACUGGAGGUUUCGAAGAAGUCUAUGGGUAUGAAUUCUUUUGUUGAUGACAAUGGAUCUUCUGGACGGAUUAUGGAGGAGAUCAGUUCAGAAGGUGCUCCUAUGGAUUGUGCAGGAGGUAGUGAAGUAUUGAGAGCAGUAACUGAGAAGCCAAUUUCAUGCCAUACUGAAAAAGGGAGUGGAACAGAUGUGGAGUGCAUGGAUGCGUCUAAUGAUCACAUAGAUCAUUUCGGCAACAAAGAUGUUUCUUUCCAGAUGGAUGUUGAUGAGGUAUCAAAGCAUGCAUUUCGAGCUCCUAUUGAUGAUACUCAGGAUUUGUUUUCUGAUUCCCAGACAAUUGGCUCUAGAGAUGAGAAUGAUAUGCCCAGUAGUCCUUUGGAGGAGCUUUUUGCACCGUCCAAACUUGCAAUCGACUUAAAGUUAAACCUUGAUUCUGCUCCCCCUGAUGAUGUAUCUUCCGAUGAGGAGUACAAUGAGAAAGAGAAUGUCAACCCUCAUUUGUCUGGAUUUGCUGAUAUAUCUUCAUCUCCAAUUCGUGAUCCUGUCAAAGCUUUUGUUGACGAUGAGGCUGAGGAAGAAGAUGAUGGUGAUCAUGACCAGUUUCUGUUCCCGGAUAAAGAAGAAGAUGAGGCUGAUGAAGAUAUGGAGGAACUUAAUGAUAUGAUAGCAACUGGAUAUGAAGAAAAGCCAAUUGAUGGUGAAAGGCGGAAUGAACUCCAUCAAAAAUGGCUUGAGCAACAAGAUGCUUCUGGAACAGAAAAGAUUAUGCAGAAAUUGAUGUUUGGUUCCAAACUAAGAGACACAAUGUCUUUUGAAGAGAAACAUGCAGAAGAUGAGGAAGAUCAGGAGUCUUAUGAUGAAGCUGCAGAUAUACUAGGCAACGAUUCUGCCUCUGGUUCACCAAAAAAAGUCUCGGUCCAAAUGAAUUUAAGAAUAGCGAAGCAGAUGAUGUCUCAAAUGUUUACCGAUAAUGAUGUAUACUUGUCAUCAGAUGAUGAUGAUGAUGAUGUUGACGAUGAUGAAGAUGGUGAUGAACCAGAAAAGAUGCCAGCUAAACCGUGCUCGUUCGAGAAAGCUGAAGAGCAGGCAACUUUCUUGUCACCAGCUGAGGAUGAAAGUUGUAGCGAAGUUUUUGGUCGUAUAAAGAAGCUGAAUAUUGUGCCCGACACUAAGAAGGGCAAAACACCUGCUGUUUCUAGUAUGCAGCUCAAGGGAGGAAAUGGGAUUAAACCAAAGUCAUCAUUCAUACGGGAAUCAAAUCAUUCCCUGCCUUCUUCUCGUAAGCGUGGAUUAAGCACAGCUCGCUGCUCUUUUAUCUUUGGAAGAGACGACAGCAAUAGCAUGAGCACAACGUCAGUGUCAGAGGAUUCAUCAGAUAUGUAUCAGGGAGAUGCUACUCCAGCAAGAACUACAUCAAAGUUCAGUAGUUCCCAAAUGAAGAGUCGUAAAGAGAAAUUUCCACCUGAAGCUGCUGCAAAGACUGAUACUUCAUUUUUUGAGAUACUGAGGCAAAGUUCCUUGCACUCAAAGCGCUGCAGUAAGGAGACGGUCAUUGAUGAAACGAUUCAAACCAUAUCCGUCGAUCAUACAAUUGACACCGAAUCUGUUGAUCAAACAAUUCGCAGGGAGUCUGUUCAAAUGAAAAGAACAGGCACGGUUGAUAGAACGAUUCAGUCAGCAUUAGCUUCAUUCAAAUUGGGAAGAGUUCAGUCGAGGCAAACGAAGAACCUUGUUUCCAUGUAAUAACUUGACUAUUUAACCAGCAACAUUCUCAAUGCAGAUUGCAGAUGAUG